AUGCACGUCGCAGAGCUGACGUUUGUGGAUGGCUCAUCCAUGUACCCAUUUCUGAACGAGGACAAGGACUCGACGCUGCGGAGAGAUUUUUUUCUGAAUUACAAGUGGUCGCCGCAGGAAGGGUUGGAGAGAGGCAUGGUUGUCACAUUGAGGAGUCCAUAUAAUCCGGAGGUUGUUGCCGUCAAGAGGGUGGUUGCGCUUGAAGGGGAUAUGGUCAGGACCAAGAAGCCGUAUCCCAUACCAACGGUCAGGAUACCCCAGGGCCAUGUUUGGGUGGAAGGAGAUGGGCCGGCGGGAUCGAGUCUGGACAGCAAUACGUACGGGCCUGUGUCGAAACGCUUAUUGACGGGGAGGGUUACGCACAUUGUGUAUCCGUUGAGGAAGUUUGGGCGGGUGAGGUGGUGGGAGCAUGAGAGCAAGCUGGUGGAAUGA